UACUAAUUGCAGAUAAGGCACAGGUGUGUUGGAAGAUGGAGCCUGAGGGACAGGAAGUAUGGGUUACAUGUGUUUUGAAUGCCAAGAAUAGAGUGUUACUACUUCCUUUUUUUUUUGUUCAUAGCAGCCCUGUCAGAUGGGUGAUUAGUCUCACUGAGCGGUGGCUUUACACCACAAAAGGCUAAAUUAAAUAACCAAGAGCUAGUUUCACUGCGAAAUUAGGUGCUCCUCCGCAGUCCUCUAACUGUGUGUGGCUGAUGAGUGCUGAUGUGAGCUGUGCCUUUGCAUUUACACGACAUCACUGAAUACCAUGGAACACAGUGUGAGCUUCAGUGUCAACAUCUGCGAAAUGGAUCCUGACUAUGAGAACCUGGGCGAAGACGAACCAGAUGAGGAGCCCAUUUUCCAGGACCUCAGAGAAUCAGCAGCCAGCACCCAAAGGUCCCCAGAAACCCUGCAGAUGGACAUUUUUAGAGAAUGCACAGAUAGCCAGUCAGAUGGGACGCCCGACACAGAGCAGUCAGAUGGGACGCCCGACACAGAGCAGCCAGAUGGGACGCCCGACACAGAGCAGCCAGAUGGGACGCCCGACACAGAGCAGCCAGAUGGGACGCCCGACACAGAGCAGCCAGAUGGGACGCCCGACACAGAACAGAGGAGCUCUCUGCAGAGGCACUGCUGGUCAGCUGCUACCCAGAAGGUUCUCUCAUCCAUGCCGAGUCGCACUGUUGGAAAAUCUAGCACUGCUGUCACUUCCCAGCAUUCAUCUCAGCUUCACCAAAACCAGGCUUCCCCUCAUGGUUCCGCUCACUCCUUCAGACCAGUCCGGGAUGGCUUAAGCAAGGUAGAUGUGAAGGAAAUCAGUACUGAAGAAAACAAAAAGGAACGGUUGGUGUCCAGCAUCCGAGGCCUCUCACUGGGUGAAGGCAUACGCAAGUUGCGAGCAAUGCCGCUUAGCUUGACAGAUAAGAUGGAGAUCAGGCGACUUGCUUUCAGUGGCAUAGCUGGAAAUACACUCCUCAGCAGAAAUAUCCAGUGCUACAGUCAUCUUAGAGCAUAUAUUUUGAGGAUGUGGCGUCAGUGCCUAUUCAGCUGCCACAUCAUCCUCAGUUUCCUCCAAUUGUGGCAUUUGCCCAUGAAAAGGCUGAGUGGACGUUUCGGAACCGGAGUUCUCUCCUACUUCCUGUUUCUCCAAACCCUCCUGCACUUCAACUUCCUCCUCUUGAUCAUCACUGGCCUGUUUGUGGUCUUCCCUCAAGCCAUCAACCCUCCUCCUCUUUAUGACUCGCAUCUCAACAAUCUGACUGGCCUUGAGCUUCUCAUGGGCACGGGUUACCUCUCACAGAGUCUGAUGUUUUACGGCUACUACACUAACACCAUCACCAAAACGUGCUCCACUGGUGAAUCACCUGUGUGUAAAGCUGACAGGUCCCAGAUAGUGCCAUACAGCAUGCCUGCUGCCUACUUCCUUACAAUCGUCAUUGCCUUCUUUAUUACCUGCAUCAUCCUGGUGUACAGCAUGUCAAGGUCCUUUGGCAGAAGUUUGCAAGUACUCAAGUCUAAGGGGAAUCUGGCAGUACAGGUUUUCUGCUCCUGGGACUUUAAAGUCAGCAAGAAGUCGUCUGUCAGAUUGCACUGUGAGAACAUCAGCAAUCGGCUCAAAGAGCUUCUUUCUGAGACGAUCAGCGGAGAAGACAAAAAGAGCUGCAAGCAGCGACUCUGCCGCCUCAUAGUGCGUCUGCUGGCAUGGGCUGCGUGUUUGGCCAGCAUUUUCUCAGGCGCCAUAGCAGUCCACCACAUGUCAGAGGCCUUCAUUAAGCGGCGUUCUUUCAGUGACACUGAGCUGUUGCUCUUGUCUGCAGUCGUGUCAGGCUUUAAUCUGUUACUGCCUGGCUUCUUCAACCUGUGUGCUUGGUUGGAGAAACGGGACUCACCGAAUGUCCGCAUCUGUGUCUCCAUCUUCAGGAACCUGCUGUUAAAGGUCAGUAUUGUUGGAGUGCUGUGUUACCGCUGGCUGUGGAGAAUUGCUGGGGAACCAGGACAUCAUGGUUUAAAGUGCUGGGAAAGCUUUGUGGGGCAAGAACUGUAUCGUUUGCUCCUGAUAGACUUUAUCUUCACAGUGCUUUACACCUUUAUUGGGGAGUUCCUGUGGAGGCUCUUUUCCAAACGAAUGCUGAAAAGAAACAGGAAGCCGGUGUUUGACAUCGCUCGUAAUGUGCUGGAGCUCAUAUAUGGACAAACCCUUACUUGGCUUGGCUUGCUGUUUGCCCCACUGCUUCCUGCAGUUCAAAUUAUCAAGCUAUUUGUGCUGUUUUACAUGAAGAAGAGCAGUGUGAUGCUGAACUGUCAAGCCUCCAGAAAGCCCUGGAGGGCCAGUCAGAUGUCAACUCUAUUCAUCUUUAUUUUGUGCUUCCCCUCAUUUCUUGUUGCUGCUGUGUCUGUCAUAUAUACAUUUUGGAAAAUUACACCAUCAUCAGGGUGCGGCCCCUUCAGGAAUCUCACCACAGUGUUUCAGUCAAGCAAGCUGUUGCGCCAGGAGCUGGAGAUAAGUCACCCAGCCUUGUCUUGGCUCACCUGGCUGUACAGCUCUCUGGUGGAGAACCCACUGAUUUUAUUUUCCACCACCGGAGUUUUUCUAAUGGUGAUAUACUUUCACAAUCAGGUUGUUGACGGUCAAAGGCAAAUCAUCGCUCAGUUAGAAAAGCAAAUUGAAAAUGAGGGUAAGGACAAAAAGUUCCUCAUCACCAAAUUGCAAGAGAGCAGUGAACAAAAUAAUUUGGUUUCCCCUCAAUAGAUAAGUUUGUGGCUGAACAAUAUUCACAACAUACUAUAGCUAAGGCACAGUACCUAUGCCAAGAUGAUGGGUUUUCAACAUCAUCAGUGAUGUGACUUAUACCAAGAGCUAAAGUAAAAACCAAACUUGUAACAGAAUGUUAGUUUCAAAUACAUAUGCCAGAAAGUUUGAGUUCUUAAUGUGCUGGAUGAAAACAAACUUAAUGGAGCCAUUUGUUUUAUUUACACAGUGAGGUCUUGUUUGUAUGUCAGGA